AUGUCUGAAGACAUAAAUGAAGACGAUAUUGAAAAAGAAUCUCGUUCAGCAGAUGAGUAUUCACUCAAUUUUAAAAGGAUGAGUUUAUUAGUGGAUCGAAAAACUAAUCCCACUGUUAACGCUGAUACAUUAUUUUCAGUUGGCGGUGAAAAGCGGAAAUUCAAGCUGCCUCGUUUGGAACUGAAGAAAUUUGGCGGGGAAAUUAAAGAUUGGCUGCCGUUUUGGGGACAAUUCGUAAAAAUUGAUGAAGACAACGAUAUCGAUGAAACCGACAAGUUUCAAUACUUAGUCCAAGCAACUAUCCCGAAUUCCAGAGUGAGGGAAUUAGUUGAAAGUUUUCCCCCUACCUCCGGAAAUUAUUGCAAGGCGAUUGAUUGUCUGAAAUCUAGAUUCGGCAGAGAUGAUUUAUUGGUUGAAUAUUACGUUAGAGAAUUGUUAAAAUUGACACUCGCAUUUAAUCUAAAAGAGAAACAUGUUGAAUUAUCAACUGUUUAUGAUCGACUUGAAACCCAGCUGAGAUCAUUAGAAACUCUUGGAGUUACUACAGCAAAGUAUGCGGCCAUGUUGUUUCCCUUGGUUGAGUCUUGUUUAAGUGAAGAAGUUUUAAGAGCCUGGCGGAGAAAUGAUAGAGGAUUGGAUGAAAAAGAUGACACAAAAGAAUCUCGAUUGGAAAGUUUGAUGAAAUUUUUGAAGAACGAAGUUGAAAAUGAGGACAGGAUAGCUCUUGCUAUGGAAGGCUUCUCUUUGAAAGAAAAUAACAAAAAUAUCAAGAUUAAAAGAGACUUGCCGACAGCUGCGGGACUUUUUUCAGGAAACAAAAAAUCUGUUUUGAAGUGUGUAUUUUGUGACAAGAACAAUCAUGAAUCCAAAGAAUGUCAUGUUGCUCGAAAUUUGGAUUUAAAUGAGAAAAUGAAACGAUUGAAGAAAAGAGGUUGCUGUUUCAGAUGUCUAAGUAACGGUCACGUGUCAAAGCUAUGCAGGGUCCAAGUGAAUUGUGGAAUUUGUGGUCAAAGACAUCAUGCUGUGAUGUGCCCUGAUAGAAAGAACGUUGAGUCUUCUAACUCUCAAGAAGCAACGGAAAGUUCAAUCAAUUUUGGACAGUUCAAUACAUUGACCAAUCCCACAUGUUCUACAAGUGUGUUUCUACAAACCCUGGUCGUGGUUCUUCGAGGAGAAACACAGGAUUUUGCUGUGAGGGCCCUCAUAGACACUGGAAGCCAGAAAUCUUAUAUUACGAAAGAAGCUGCUAAGAAAAUGCAGUAUCAUGCAUUAAAAGAAACAACUCUUGUUCAUACUUUGUUUGGAGGGAUGCAAAAUCUCCAGAAACAUUCAGAAUACAAGAUUUUUGUAAGUGAUUUUAACAAAAAUUAUCAUUGCACUUUUAACGCAUUUGAUCAAGAGAAAAUCUGUGCCGAAAUUUGUCAGAUACCAACCGGAUUCUGGUCAAAGGAAUUAGAGGGUAAUAAAAUUCAACUAACAGACCAAGAAUGUUUUGCAUCUUGUUCGUCAUCCGCUAUCCAUUUGCUUAUUGGUGCUGACAUAGCAGGAAAAUUGAUGACUGGAAAAAUCCUCAAUUUAACUUGUGGAUUAACUGCCACUGAGACUUUGCUUGGUUGGACACUUAUGGGAAGAGCACCAAGCAGUUCAGACUCUAUAAGCAUGACAGUGACAAACUUGCUUAUAAAAGAUUGCAAUAUAAGUGACUUAUGGAAGUUAGAAGCCAUUGGAAUUACUGAUCCUGCUGAAUCUAAAAGGAAGACUGAAAUGCAUCAAAGUACUUUAGAUUAUUUUCGAAACACUCUGACGAUUAAUGAGGAAGGGAGGUACGAAGUCGCCUUACCUUGGGUGUUAGAAUCUUCCCGGCUCCCUGACAACAGACAAAUGGCCGAGAAACGACUUUCUUCUGUUUAUAAAAAACUUGUAGAAUCCGAGAAGGUUGGAGUAUAUGCAGAUGUUUUUAAAAAAUGGAUUGCUGACGGUGUCAUUGAAGAAAUUGAAGAUAAAAAAGAGUUAAAUGCAUACUAUCUUCCGCACAGGCCUGUUUUUAAAGAGAACAGCAUUACUAUGAAAGUGAGGCCAGUUUUCGAUGCAUCCUCAUAUAUAAAGGGUACACCCUCACUGAAUGCCUGCUCAGAAAGCGGUCCUAAUUUAAUUGAACUUGUUCCUUCCCUACUGAAUCGUUUCCGGAAAUUUCCUGUUGGAAUAACAUCAGACAUUGAGAAGGCAUUUCUUCAGAUCGGAAUCAGAGAGAGGGACAGGGAUUAUCUGCGAUUUUUAUGGAAAACCAAAGACAAGGGAAUGAAAAUCUACAGGCAUCGUAGAGUUGUGUUUGGUGUCACCUGCAGUCCAUUCCUUUUAGCGGCAACUUUGAAUUACCAUCUGGAAAAAGCCCCUGAAGAGCUCUUGAAUACUGCGGAAAUCUUGAAGAAUUCAUUUUAUGUGGAUAAUUGUGUCUGCAGUUUGAAGAAUACAGAUGAAGCAAAUAAAUUUGUAGUUGAAUCGCAAGCCUUGAUGUCUUUAGGAAAAUUCAAUCUACGAGGCUGGCAAUCAAAUGCUUCGCUUGAAAUUAUCGAUCAACCCGACAAAUACCAAACUGUAUCCUUAUUGGGCCUAAACUGGGACCUAAAACAAGAUACUCUAUCUUGCAUCAUAGACUGUCCGAAAGAUGAAAAUCUGGUUCUUACUAAAAGAGGUCUGCUUUCUUUGGCUCAGAGUAUAUUUGACCCUUUGGGUAUAUCUUCUCCCGUAACCAUCAUUCCAAAGUUUAUGCUUCAAGAAUCCUGGAAUCUUGGACUGAAAUGGGAUGAUGCCCUGCCAGAAGGUCUAUCUAAACGAUUUUGGAACUGGCUGAAGGGUAUAAAGAAUCUUUCAGAGGUCAAAAUACCUCGAUGGAUGAAGCUGAGUCAAAAUGAAGAAGGGAAAAAGAAGGAAAAUAUUUGGAAAUUUAUACCACCAUCAGCUCCAUGGUGGGGAGGAUGGUGGGAGCGCCUUAUUGCCCUAGUAAAAGACCUUCUGAAGAAAGUUCUAAGCCGAGCACGCCUGAGUUACGAAGAAUUAAAUAUGAUUCUAUGCUAUUGCGAAGACAUCGUAAAUUCAAGACCCAUUACCUACGUUUCUGAACACCAUGAUUUGGAACCUAUAACACCAUCUUCAUUCCUCAGAAAACGUAGAGAAAAUGGAAUUCCAGAUCUUGACCACUUGGAACUAUCUCCUGAGUAUUUUCGCAAGCGGCGACUGUAUAGGUGUAAACUGCAAGAAGAUUCCAGAAAUCGAUUCCGACUGGAAUACUUGUGGCAGCUGAGGCAACAAACUAAGAAAAUGAUAAAAACCCACGAUUUCAAGUUGGGAGAAGUGGUUAUUGUCGAAGUAACCAAUCAAAAACGUCUGAAUUGGCCUCUGGGGAAAAUAACAGAAAUAUUCCCUGGUAAGGACGGUUCAGUUCGUCUUGUGAAAGUAAAAACAAAGAAAGGCGAAUUUCUGAGACCUGUACAGCGUCUCUACGCACUUGAAGUUCAAACGCCUUCAGUAAAGAAUCUACUAGAGAAGAGAGCAUGUGGAGUUGAAGAUGAGAAAGAAGAGGCAGUACAACAGCAAUAUGUUGAACAUCUUGAGCUUCCAGAAUCGGACAAAACGUCUCUACCAAAUCUAAAUACCAUGAAAACCCGUUUCGGCCGAAAGAUUCAAGUUCCCAAACGACUGGACCUGUGA